CACGUAUAUGUAGUUCACGUCGAGACUGUUGAAACGACACCCACCGUCGUGUCAACUGCGAAGGUUGACGAAGUGACCAUUCAACUAAGCUCAGAGAUGACCAGUCAUACCAGGGAUGCUGUGACGUCAUCAACAAUGACCACACUCUUGUCCACGCCCACAACGCUUCAACAAAAUUGCAAUUGUUCUUCUGUGGGUGUUGGAGUUGGUGAAGGCGUUUUCAUUAUUUUACUGAUCGCGACCAUCAUUGUCUUGGUAAUUUACAUCCUCCGAAUUCGAAAAAAACAAGACUCUAAUCAUGGUCAAACCACAAAUGAUAUGACUUUGGUCCAGGCCUCAAGUACGCAUGACAGAGAUACCGGUUUCUAUCAUGACAUUCCGGACAUCAGAACACCAGUUCCAUCAUCAACACCUGCUGGCGGUUCUCACUAUUCCUCGAAUAUAUAUGCCACAGAUCCUGCCGAUACCGGUAUACCGACAGAAUCCACGCGAAGCUCUACCAGGAUCGCGAAAGACGGACUUGCUACCGACACCGUGGCAAUGAAAAAGAAAAGAACUGGAAAGGAUGGAGAUCCAUAUGUUGAGAUAAUUUAGUCAAUCGAACAAAGACACAAAAAUAAUUCCUCAGAAAGUCACCACUGAUAAGAGGUAGACAAAUGUUCAUUCAAAUAGCCUGCUGACACAUGGGAAUUGAUCAUAUUUUUGGAGUUACCAAGUACUUACAUUUAGAUGCAAAACAAAUUAUCCGGCUUUGCUGAUAACUUCUGGUAAACGGGAAAAAUGUGUACAUACACUGUUGGUCAUAAAUGUGGAAUAUUUUUUCUUUUACCCCCAAUUUAAGCAAUAAUUUUGACAAUGUGUGUGCGUGUAUUGUGUUUUUACAGAGGUGUGUCAAUCAGAUAUGAUUAUUUACUUCCGAGGGACCGA